AUGCCAAUCCAUCAAAAAGAAUUCUCCACCCCACCACCCCAUCCACCAGUGGGCACGCCCAAGGACUCCCCGUCCGCACUACCCUGGUACUCCAUCGCGCCGGGGGUAUGGGAAUUUCUGCUAAAUGGCGACGGAGAGCACAAGGCUGUGCUACAGUGGUGGGAGCCAAAUACUGUCUCUGCACAGACAGAGCCAAUAACACACACCUACAUCGAAGAGGUCUGCACUCUGCGCGGCGGGCUGGAAGAUCUGUCGCUCGGACAGACGUGGAGUAUUGGUGCCUAUGCUUACCGUGAGCCUGGGAUGAAGCAUGGGCCAUAUCGGGCGACGAAGGAUGGAUGCCUACAGUUUGUUAAGGUCGUGCCGGCGAAGAAGUAG